AUGGUUCUAGCCUCUAGUAAUGUCCCUCAGGAUGCACUCGAUCCUGCUCUAAUCCGGCCUGGACGUUUUGAUCGAAUUAUACACGUGGAUUCACCGGUUAUAUCAGAGAGAAUCGAUAUUUUCAAGGUUCAUUUGAGCAAGCUUAAGUUGGUGCCAGACACUGGGACUGAAGCGGCGACAGGGGAGAAUGGAAACGUAAAUACCACUUUAGAAGUCCAAAACAAAAAAGAUUCUGUCAAACCUAAUCUGAAUGAGGACGAAUCCUCUCAGAAAUGUCAAAAUGCAGAGAUAUCAUCUCCGCGAGACGAUGGGACCGCGGCGACUUCAAAGGAAACCCAUCUCGCUAUCGCCAGCGUGAAGGGUGAACAAGCUGGGGGAGCAGAUCCUCUUGGUGAUCCAAAUGCUAUUGACUUCUCCUUUGACUUCCGUUCAAUUCUUUGCGAUAAAUCUGAGAAGGAGUGUGCCUUAAUUAACGCCUACGCUAAACGCAUGAGUGAUCUCUGCCCUGGGUUUGUGGGCUCUGACAUUGCCAAUGUGUGCAACGAAGCCGCCAUCUUGGCUUCCCGUGAGAACUGCACACACGUGGAGCUUUCCCACCUCGAGCGAUCCAUCGACCGCGUUCUCGCCGGAAUCGAGCACCGAAGUCGGGUGCUUUCUUCUUUCGAAAAGAAUGUUGUAGCCCACCACGAGGCCGGGCAUGCAGUGGCGGGUUGGUUUCUCAACCGCGCGGACCCUCUGAUGAAGGUUUCCAUCGUCCCACGUGGGGGCUCCGCGCUUGGCUAUGCGCAAUACCUGCCGAAUGAAAACAGCGUCCGAACGGCGAAGGAGAUACGUGAUUCGUUAUGCGUUACUCUUGGUGGCCGUGCCGCCGAGGAGAUCUUUUUCAAGCAUUUAUCCACCGGCGCUUCUGAUGACCUGCGUAAGGUGGCAAAACUUGCCUACAUGUACGUGGCGUCGUUUUCGGCAGGUUCCGUUUACCCCUCACCAGGUACUUCAAGUACUCGAAUCACGAAGCCGUUUGGAAGAAAGAAGUCUGAUGCUUACGAUAAACAGGCAAAGCAGCUUGUAGAAGAGGUUUACCAAGAGACGUACAAUCUGCUCUUAAAACAUAAAGCUGACAUGGAGAAGCUUGCGCAACAUUUGCUCACCAAUGAGUUGUUAACCCACCAAGAUGUGAUGAACUACUUAGGUGAACGCCCAGCACGCUCAAGUGAUAAGAUGAAAGGAGUUUAA